AUGCUUAUAGCCCAAAGCUGCCAGAAGAGUUAUACUGAUCAGAGGCGAAAGCCUUUGAAAUUUGAGGAAGGCAAGUAUCAUGUUUUUCUGAAAGUUACACUAACUACUGGAGUGGGAAGAGCUAUUAAGACUAAAAAACUGAAUCCCUGUUAUAUUGGACUGUUUGAGAUUCUGAAGAGAAUUGAGCCAGUGGCUUAUAGAAUUGCCUUACCACCGUAUCUUUCGAAUUUACACGACGUGUUUUAUGUGUCACAGCUUCGAAAGUAUACUCCUGACACAAGUCAUGUUCUAGAACCGGAACCAGUCCAAAUAAGAGAAGAUCUAACACUUCCAGUAAUUCCAAUGAGGAUUGAUGAUACUAGUAUUAAACGAUUACGCGGGAAGGAAGUAUCAUUGGUAAAAGUAGCCUGGAGUCGAGCUGGUAUCGAGGAACAUACCUGGGAGCUCGAAUCAGAUAUACGAAAGGACUAUUCACAUCUCUUUUCAGUAUUUGUAACCUUCUUGUGCUUGCCUUUAUCUGCUUAUUUGUCUGUGAAAUGUAUAAUGGAGUUGGAGGUUUAUGGAGAGGCAGGACUGUGUAUAUGA